CGCCUUCUCUACCCUCCUUGAACUACGAAGGAACUCAUUUCUUCUUUCAUUAUUACAUUCGUCUGCGACACAUGAGAUCCAGAAUCCUAUUGAACUAGCAUUAGCUUUCCUCGAGUUUCUCCUUUUUCAAGAAACAAUUGUGCCGUCCGCUCUCACGGUCCUGCGUAAGGCGUUCGACAGUGAAUUCCUCGUGGAAAUCGACAUUCAUUCUCUCAUUGCUGAACUGACAUUGAUACCUGAGCAACGACGCAGAUGGUUGAGCAUAUACUAUCAUGCAAUCAAUGUUGAACAUGAAGAAGGCCCUGAGGGACAAUGCAAGGCUAUGAGCCACACCCAAAGCAGUCUCUUACAGAAUGUCGAGAACAAUCAAUUCCAGCUCAUGGCGGUUUUUGGAGGACAAGGCGAGGCGAGUCGCACGUGCGUACAAGAACUUGGUGAAACCUUUCGUACAUACCAGCCGAUGCUUCAAGGAUUUCUACGAACGAUGGGGUCUAAGCUUGCUGAGUUGUCCCGCCUGCCGGAAUGUCGACAAUACUAUCAGGGGAGAUUUUUGGACGUUGAGACUUGGAUCAUGCACCCUACUGAGAUCCCUGAUGCCAACUUUGUGGCUAGUGCUCCCGUUAGCGUGCCUAUCAUUGGGCUUUUGAGUCUCGCACGUUACAGUGUUACUUGCCAGAUAUUAGGACUUUCCCCUGGGGGAUUGCGAGCACUGCUUUCAGCGACUACAGGGCAUUCUCAGGGCCUAUUAAUAUCGAUCGCGACCGCCUUAUCAGACACAUGGAAGUCCUUCUAUGACAAUAGUGAGUUAGUAAUGGAGGUUUUGUUCUGGUUAGGAUGGGACUGUCAUCAUUGUGCGCCUCAAAGUGCAGUUCCCCAGUUAUCGAUGAGAAGCGGAAAUCACGAGGGGGGCUACAAUGCACUCUCAUACAUGCUCAGCGUUCGGGGAGCGACACGACGUGGAGUUGAGCAGAUCAUAGCCCGCCUAAAUCGUUGCCUGUCGAGUAAAGUGCAACUUUAUCUGGCGUUGGCUAAUAGCCAAGACCAGUUCGUGGUUGGCGGUCCCUUGUCAUCUUUGGUACACCUCAAUAACUAUCUCGAAGAGUUCAGUACCUCUGAGGUAGACCAGAGCCGCAUCCCAUAUAGUAGCCGAAAGCCAUAUCUUCAGUAUAACUUCCUGCCAAUCAGCACGCCGUUCCAUACACCCUAUCUUCGACUGGCAGUUGAGUCCUUGAAAAAGAGAUUCGCAGAACGACGGAUCACAGGACAGCAGCUGAUCAUACCAGUAUACCACACCAGAACAGGACAAGAUAUGCGCCAUUCAAGUGAGAAUAUUUUGCAUUUGGCAUUUGACGCCAUUGUCCAUGAGAUCUGUGAUUGGCCCACUGCGCUGGCCUGUCCGCCUGACAUAGAUGUUCGCCGUCCUUCUUUGUCCCACAUUAUUGCCUUUGACAGUGGCGGCCUUGGUUCGUUAGUGAAGAAGGUUAUAGAAGGUCAAGGGGUCCGGGUAAUCCAGGGCUCUGAUCUCAACUCCCGGGACCCUGAGAUGGGAACCAUGAAAGAUUUAUUUUCACCCCUUGCGCUGACGUCCUCAACAAAACUUCAGGCAUGGGCCCAGCGCUUCCAACCUCGAUUGGCCGCAGGAACAAAGGUUAGGAUUGAAACUCGUCUCACUCGGCUCUUAGAUGCCCCUCCGAUUAUGGUAGCUGGUAUGACUCCCACUACCGUGCAUUGGGACUUCGUGUCAGCCAUCAUGAAUGCAGGUUAUCAUGUUGAGCUGGCUGGCGGGGGUUACUAUAGUACGGCCAGUAUGGCAACAGCAAUUAACAAGCUCAUCAAAAGCAUUCCUGCUGGACGAGGCAUCACUUGUAACCUAAUAUACGCCAAUCCCCAGGCCAUUGCCUGGCAAGUUGCACUAUUGCGUCGCUUAUCGCACAGCGGAGUCCCCAUUGACGGUUUGACUUUUGGGGCUGGAGUUCCUUCGCUCGAAGUUGUGACAGACUACAUUGAAACGCUAACGCUGAGGUAUAUCGGCUUUAAACCUGGGUCCGUGCCGGCUAUACGCGAGGUAGUUCGUAUUUCAAGGGCUCACCCCGACUUCCCUGUUAUCCUUCAAUGGACAGGUGGUCGUGGAGGGGGCCAUCACUCCUAUGAAGACUUCCAUGCCCCCAUAUUGAACACAUACAGCAUUAUCCGGCAACAACCUAACAUUUAUCUGGUGGCCGGAAGUGGGUUCGGCAGCAGCGAUAGCAUCUACCCAUACCUUACAGGAACAUGGUCAGUUCCCUUUGGAUACGCACCUAUGCCUUUUGAUGGAGUGCUUUUGGGAAGUUGUAUGAUGGUUGCCAGUGAAGCUCAUACCUGCAAAGAUGUGAAGCAUAUCAUCACUUCGACAUCCGGAUUGAAAGACCACGAAUGGGAGAAGACGUAUCAUGGGCCGGCAGGGGGAAUCGUUAGUGUGAAGUCCGAAAUGGGCGAACCAAUACAUAAGAUAGCAACCAGGGGAGUUCUUCUAUGGGCCGAGAUGGAUAAGACAGUUUUCAGUCUGCCUCGAAAGGAGCGUGCCGCAUAUUUAGCUAAGCAUCGCGAUACGAUAAUCCGUCGGUUGAACACAGACUUUGCAAAGCCAUGGUUUGGUCGCAAUUCACAGGGGGAUGCGAUUGGUCUGGAGGACAUGACUUACAGCGAGGUGCUAGAUCGGCUAGUUGAACUAAUGCAUAUCCAGCAUAAAAAGCGAUGGGUCGAUCCGUCAUAUGUUGACUUCACAUUCGCCUUCGCUACCCGCACUUUACAACGGUUACCAGCAGACUUGAACGACUCUAGGCAUCUGUCCCUGACCGCGCUGAGAGAGGAUCCAGCUCACUUCCUCCGAUUGUUUGCAGCAGCCUGUCCUGCUGCAUCUGAGGAUGUCUUGAAUCCAGAAGACGUCUCGUUCUUUCUGAUGCAAACCAAAAAAGGUGGCCAAAAGCCAGUGAACUUUAUCCCCGUCCUUAACGAGGAUUUUGAAUUCUAUUUCAAAAAGGAUUCACUGUGGCAAUCAGAGGAUAUUGAGGCUGUCGUUGACCAGGAUGCAGGACGAGUAUGCAUCCUUCAUGGGCCUGUGGCAGCGCAGUAUUCAUGUGAUCGGGGAGAAUCAGCAAAGGAAAUUCUCGAUACUAUUGUAGAUUCCCUUACAAACCGGCUUCAGCGCGACAUGUCCGCAGGGGAACUGACUAUUGGGUUAGAUAGUGGCAUACGUACCCCGGACUCCUGGUCCACCGUCUCACCUGGAACUAAGGACUUCUCCAUGGACGAAGUUUCAACACCAUCCUCUGCGACACUCUCAGAAUCUACUGAUGACCUGUGCGUGCCCUUAGGAGCAUUUCGCUAUUUUCCUAGUGGGAAUGUUCCCGCUUGGGCACGGGCUGUCCUUGAAGAUAAAUUUGUCUUAGAGGGUCGACUCCGGCAAGAGAAUCCAUUCCGCCUAUACAUUGAAGCGUAUCCUGAAUCUGCCAUCCAGUACGAUCCCCAUCGGUCAGAGAUAUCAGUCAUUGCUCAGAAUAUUAUCGACGUAGAUUCCUCGAUGACGAUCACAUGUCAAAAUGGGGUUGACGUGGUUGUCGAGCUUCAUCCUUCACAUGACACGGUCAGUCUGCAGCUGUUCUACCAAUUCGACCCAGGCAAUGCUCCUGUCCGACUGCGCGAGAUCAUGGACCGUCGGAACGAGCGAAUCAAAUCCUUCUAUAGUAAGCUCUGGUCUGGUGAGGAUAUCGCCGACGGCAUGACACUCCACAGCACUUUCACUGGGCGUUCAGUGACGCUCACCCGCGAGCGGUUCGAAGUGUUAGCUCUAACUGUGGGUGCGGCGUUUCCCAACCAUCCAGUAUUCUCAGCAGAUUCGGGAAUACUGCCCAUUAAUGUUGGAAUUAUUAUUGCCUGGGAUGUGAUUUCCCGGCCACUUCUUCUUAAAGAUAUCGAAGGUGACCUGCUACGGCUGGUUCACCAAUCUAACACAUUUGCGUACACUGCUGGUGCUACCCCCUUGCGGCUCGGUGAAACUGUCAGCUCCCAAUCUCGGGUUCAGGCUGUCUAUCUAGAGGAUUCAGGCAAAGUUGUGGUUGUGGAAGGGCGAAUAAUUCGCUCUGGGGAGCAUGUCUUGACAAUCAUGUCUACAUUUCUCUUCCGGGGCUCUUUUGAUAACGUCAAAAACACCUUUCGGCACACGAAGUUAUCGGAUUGGACGAUCAACUUAAGAUCCAACCUAGAAGAGACGUUGCUAAAGGAACGAGACUGGUUUCAUCCACUAGGCAGUCUGCCUUCACUGAUUGGUAAGACAGUGGUUUUUAACGUGGACAGUCACAUCAUGCAUAAGGAAAACACGCACACUAGCCUCCGAGUCACGGGUAGUGCUCAUUGCCGGGUAGCAGGUCAUGAGCUGCGACAUAUCGGAGACGUUGACUUUACCUGCGAUGAUUGUAUCGGGAAUCCAGUUCUGGAAUUCCUCGAGCGUAGAGGGGCUGCACAAGAGGGUAGAACACUCUUUGAGACACCCGGUUGGUCGGGGCCGUCAUCACUCGAAGUCCAAAUGCCUGCCAGCAAUCAACCUUACGCCCAUGUCUCCCGUGACUUCAAUCCUAUCCAUGUCUCCACCAUUUUUGCAAAUUUGGCCCAGUUGCCAGGCACAAUAUCACACGGAAUGUGCACAUCGGCCAUUGUAGUUGCAGUAUUGGAACACUUGAUCUUGAAUGGUGAACGGAAUCGCCUUCGACGAUAUUCCACCGUGUUCGUGGGAAUGGUAAUGCCUUCGGAGACGCUGUUAGUGCAACUAAAGCACACGGGUAUGGUUGAGGGGCGAAUGCGAAUUACUGUAGAAGCUUUUCGAAGGAGAAAUGGGGAAAAAGUGCUCGAUGCUGAUGCCGAAGUAGAACAGCCUGCAACCGCGUAUCUCUUCACGGGCCAAGGUAGCCAAAGUAAAGGUAUGGGUAUGAGCUUAUACAACACCAGCUCAAGCGCUCAGGCAUUGUGGGACAAUAUUGAUAUCCAUCUAUACAACGCUUACGGUGUGUCGACUAAUCCUCUUGUCUGGACGUUGCCGCUAACAAGGAGGACAGGCUGGUCGGUGCUGGACGUCGUAAAGAAUAAUCCCAAAACGCUCACCAUCCACUUUGGAGGCAAACAAGGCCAUAAAAUCCGUCAAAACUACCUUUCUAUUACGGCCGAAACCGUGCUUCCCGAUGGCAGUCGUGUUCAAAAGCCUGUUCUGACGGGACUCACAUCAGCAUCAACAUCCUACACGUUCCAUGACCCGAGGGGACUGUUGUACUCGACACAAUUUGCACAACCAACAAUUCUUCUGUUUGAAGCUGCCGCCUUUGCCGAGAUGCGUGCCAAAGGAUACGUAUCUUGUGAGGCGAUAUAUGCUGGCCAUUCCUUAGGCGAAUACGGGGCACUAUCUGCAUUAUCGCAAUUUAUACCUACCAGCUCUCUGGUCGAGUUAGCCUUCUACCGGGGGUUGAUGAUGCAAGCUUCUGUGACACGAGAUGGUGAAGAGGGCGCCACGUACGGCAUGGUGGCUGCAAAUCCGAAACGUGUGGGUAAAUUUUUCGAUCACACUCUGUUGAGCACUUUGGUUCGCAUGAUUGCAGCCGAGAGCCGGGAGCUGUUAGAGAUCGUCAAUUUUAACGUAGAUGGGGAGCAGUAUGUGUGUUCGGGCACGACGACCAAUCUGUAUAUCCUCGGGAAACUGAUGGACCACAUAUCUCAGUGCCGCAGUGGACCAAAACAAGUCCAGAUGACCGACUCCACCGACGCGUCCACGCCCGAGCUCCAGACAGUAAUGCGCGACCUCAUCGACCAUGCCAAGAAUCUUCCCCGACCAAUCGUCCUACAACGCGGCACAGCAACAGUUCCUCUAGAAGGAAUCGACGUGCCGUUCCACUCAAGCCAUCUACGUUCCACCGUCGAGAUGUUCCGCCAAUGUCUCCUCCGGCCAGGCCUUCUCGAUGGCAAUAUCGACGCCGAGGAAUUAGUGGGAAAAUAUAUCCCUAAUCUGAUGGCCAAACCAUUCUCGCUAGAUGAGGAGUAUAUCAAACAGGCUUUUGAACUCACGCAGAGCCCAGUUCUAGGGGAGAUUUUAGGCGUUUGAACUUGGAACAUGUUUUAUUAAGCUCUAUUCGUUGCAUCAAAGCUUCAGAGUUAUGGUUCGUCCUCUGUCCGUGCCCUGGGGUCCAUUCUUAGUACGGCAGACUCUUA